AUGCCUUCUCAAGCCGCUCUCCUUAUCGGAGCUAUUACCCACGCGCGCAAGGAGUGGGAGAGUCUAUCCUCUAUUCUGAACCUCAAGGAAUUCCCCAGCGGCACCCGUGAGGAGUUCAUCAAGAAUUGCAAGGCAGGACACUACGACGAUGUGGUCGCCAUCUACCGAUCAAAUACCUCUAAUAAGUACACCGGAAAUUUCGAUGCGGAGCUGCUCGCUGUGUUGCCCCAGUCAGUCAAGUAUAUCUGUCACAAUGGCGCCGGAUACGACAAUCUUGAUGUCGCAACCUGCUCGCAAAAGAAUAUUGCCGUCUCGAGCACUCCCGUUGCAGUGAAUAAUGCCACCGCCGAUGUGGGCAUUUUCCUUAUGAUUGGCGCGCUUCGUCAGGCUUGGGUGCCCCAGGCUGCCCUUCGAGCUGGCACUUGGCAAGGACAAACAACCCUGGGCAAUGACCCCCAGGGUAAAGUCUUGGGAAUUUUGGGCAUGGGUGGAAUUGGUCGCGAAAUGGCUGCGCGGGCCAAGGCUUUCGGCAUGAAGAUCCAAUACCACAACCGCUCCCAGCUUCCUGCGGAACUGGAGGGUGGCGCGACAUAUGUCUCAUUCGAUGAGCUUUUGGCCAAUGCCGAUGUCUUCAGCUUGAAUCUGGCACUGAACGCAUCGACAAGACACAUUAUUGGCGCCAAGGAGUUUACCAAAAUGAAGGAUGGUGUAGUUAUUGUGAAUACGGCACGUGGAGCUCUGAUCGAUGAGAAGGCGCUGGUCGCUGCGAUUGAGUCUGGAAAGGUUCGAUCUGCCGGUCUGGAUGUAUACGAGAAGGAGCCUGCCAUUGAGGCCGGUUUGGUAAAUAACCCGCGUGUCAUGUUGUUGCCGCACAUUGGUACGAACACCUAUGAGACUCAAAAGGAGAUGGAGAUCCUCGUCCUAGAUAAUCUGCGAUCUGCGGUGGAGAAGGGAGAGUUGAUUACACAAGUACCAGAGCAGAAGCGGGCAUAG